AUGAAUCUUAAUUCCCAAGUAGUUAAUCUAUCAGGUCUCCCGCCAUUGAUUAUAGCACUUAGAGCUUCAGCAGAGCUUAAAAAUAAUCAUGGGCUUGAUAGAUUUUUCGCCCCUGUUGGACCUCUUCUUGAAGCAAAGAGGCUAGCAGCAGAUCUUUUCGGAGCAAAAGAAACAUGGUUUCUUGUUGGAGGCACGAGUUGUGGCAUCCAGGCGUCGAUUAUGGCUACUUGUUCGCCGGGAGAUACUAUCAUUCUGCCACGAAAUGCUCAUGUAUCAGCCACUGCUGGAGUUAUUUUUUCUGGUGCUGUACCCAAGUACAUUAUUCCUGAAAGCAACUGUGAUUGGGAUAUUGCUGCUGGGAUCACUCCUUCACAGGUAAAGACGGCACUGGAGGAAUCAGAAUUGGAUGGCCGAAAAGUGGCUGCAGUUUUCAUAACAUCCCCUACUUACAACGGAAUUUGCAGCAAUUUGAGUGAGAUUUCACAAUUGUGUCACUCGUGUGGAAUCCCUCUAAUAGUCGAUGAAGCUCACGGAGCUCACUUCAAAUUUCACUCGGCCAUGCCCAAUACAGCCCUCGAACAAGGGGCCGAUAUCGCUAUACAAUCCACUCACAAAGUCUUAAGCUCUCUAACUCAAUCAUCAAUGAUACACAUUUCAAGAGAUAUUAUAGACGAAGAAAGACUACACAAGUGCCUGCAUACCCUUCAAACAACCAGUCCAAAUUGGCUUCUUUUAACUUCACUGGAUGCUGCUAGGCAUCAAUUAAGUAAAAAUCCCACAAAUAUUUUCAACGAAGCAAUGGAAUUGGCUGCUGAAGCCAAAACUUUGAUCAAUAAAACUCCUGGAAUUUCAGUUCUUGAUCCUUCAAUAUUCUUUCCCAAUUUCCCCAUCAUGGAUCCUUUGAGGAUCACCCUCGAGGCGUGGCAACUCGGCCUCUCGGGUUUUGAAACUAACAGUAUACUACAUAAAUCUCAUGGAAUUGUUCCAGAACUCAUUGGCACAAGAUCCAUUACAUUAGCAUUCAGCCUAGGAACUACAAGAGACCAUGUUCAAGGACUUGUGGCAGGACUAAAACAUUUAUCAGAUUCACUUUUGCCAUUACAGCUCAAAAGAGAGAAGAUUUUUACUCAAAUUUUACCUUUUGGAGGUAAUUUUCAUAUGGAUUUAACCCCUAGAGAGGCCUUCUUUGCAAGUAAAAUGAAAUUAAAGAUUGAAGACAGUGUUGGAAAAAUUUGUGGGGAAGUCAUUUGCCCUUUUCCUCCUGGAACUCCAGUGUUGGUACCUGGUGAAAUCAUCAAUGAUAGAGCAUUGGAUUAUCUUAUACAAGUUAUAAACCAGGGGGGUAUUAUCAGUGGGGCAGCUGAUCCUACUCUCUCUACAAUAGUUGUAUGCAAAACUUAG